AUGUUGAGAAGGUAUAUUUUACACACUACUAAUAAAUUUGUCAAUUGUCGGCAUGUUUCCCAAUCAAUGUUACAGUCAACGGUUGAUGAAAAAUCAGGCAUAGCUACUGUGACAAUGAAUAAGCCACCUGUUAAUAGUUUAAACCUCGAGUUUUUAGAUGAAAUUAAUACUCAGCUUAAUAAAUUACAAAAAGAUAAAAUCCGAGGAAUGAUAUUGACAUCAGGUUUGCAGAAAGUUUUUUGUGCAGGAUUAGAUAUAACAGAAUUUUAUAAUCCAAAUCCUGAUAGAUUAGCCAAAUUCUGGACAGUCCUACAAGAUACAUGGCUUUCGCUUUAUAUGGCAUCGUUUCCUACUGUAGCUGUCAUUAAUGGUCAUAGUCCAGCAGGAGGUUGCUUAUUUGCCAUGAGUUGUGAUUACAGAGUUAUGGUUGGACCAAAGUAUACUAUUGGACUUAAUGAGACUAAAUUAGGAAUUGUUGCUCCAAAAUGGUUUCAAGAUACUAUGGUUGCAGUUAUUGGUCAAAGGAAAGCUGAAGUGUCAUUGACCACAGGAAAAAUGUAUACUACUGAUGAAGCAUUACAAGUUGGUUUGGUCGAUGAAAGUUUGCCAGAUUCAGAUAGUGCUCUUAAGAAAGGAACACAAUUUUUGAAUAAUUUUCAAAGGAUAUCUCCUUGGGCAUUUAAGAUGACUAAAGAUAUUAGUCGUCAACCAACGAUUCAAUGGUUAAUUGAUAACAAGCAAAAAGAUCUUGAUUUUGUUCUUAAAUUCAUGCAAUCUCCAGAAGUUCAAAAAAGUCUUGGACUUUAUUUACAAUCUUUAAAAAAAUAA